AUGGAUGACAUUGAAUUUGCUGUACAUCACAAACCUGGGUUAACGUACUCUCCCCUCAAAACCGUCGAACUGGUGAACGAACUUCGACAAUUCGCAUCGCUAUCGAUCAACCCCCUGCCCAAAUAUCAAAUCUUUACGAAUGCUGAUGAUAAGGUGGUCGUCACUGCCCAUAUCAAGAAGGCCACCAGUGAUGGAACAGAAAUUCGGGAACUGGUAGCUUUCACUUCAGCUGUUCUAAUUAUGAUUCCCGGUCUACCACAAGGCGAAAGAGAACUACUUCACACAGGCCUCACAGUAAUUUCUCCGGAGCUUAGGCGCAAAGGGAUGCUUGUGCAACUAUUCACGCGCCUCAUUGUUCAUGUCUACUCAAGUCGCCCGAUCAAUUCGCGCCUCUGGAUCACGAGUCUGGCCGAAGUUCCAAAUUCCCUUGCGCAUAUUGCUGCGUACUUUUCAGAAGUGUUCCCUUCUCCGUCAAAGACGUCGCCAUCAACGACAGAUCUCUUAAUUGCCCGAACUAUAAGUCAGCAACAUCGCUCCAAGAUGCUUAUCUCACCCACGGCUGUGCUUGACGAGGAAAAUUUUGUAUUCAAGGGCAGCAAUGGUACAUAUGGGUGGCCUGGAGAAGUGUUUAAGAAGGAUGUAAAUGAUACGCAGUAUUGGCAUAGAAACCGAGUAUUUAACGAUUUCUACCGGGAACUGUUAACAGGAGAAGACUUAGAUUUAUUAGAAAGUCGUGCUAAGCUAUAG